GAAACCGUCUUCUUCUUCCUCGUCUUUUCGUCUGGACCACUCCUCAUCUCCUGCACGCAGGCACACAUACCGCACGAACCCGCUUUGACAUCGACCCCAUCGACCCAUCGACUCAUCGCCGUGGGUCCGUAGGACUUCUUUUUCCCAUUACCCGCUCAGGCGCCCCCCGGCCCAGCCGCACGCUCGGAUUUUGUGAGAAACGAGAGCACGGAUCUGCAGGGUUUCCCCUGGCUACCAGCCCGCCGGAUAGCCUAUCCGAAGUUGAUUCGCCCCCAAGUAGUGGCGUGCUUUAGGAAACACACUUGGGAGAGCCCACAUCCCAGUAGUUCCCGUGGCCUCCUUUAAUCCUUCUCGCGCACCACCCCGUGAAGAAGGGGGAAGACAUUCACCAACUAGCAUAACUACAACGACAUACACAACGAAAGCCUCCUUCCGCUUAGUAUGGCUAGCCAGGAGAACCACGACGGCACUGCCGCCGCCGCCGGCACUGGCGCUGUCCAGACCCACCAAGUCAUCAUCGUGGGCGGCGGCAUCACGGGCCUCACCAUGGCGCUGAUGCUCCAGCGCCUGGGCAUCGACUACAUCCUGCUCGAGGCGUACGGCAGCGUGACCCCACAGCACGGCGCGAGCGUCGGGCUCUACCCCAACGGGCUGCGCAUCCUCGACCAGCUGGGCCUGUUCGAGGGGGUGCAGGCCGCCGCGGUGACGACGAGGUACGCCGUAUGGCGCGACGCGACCAAGGGCGGGAAGCGGAUGAUGACCCGCUCGGCCAGCGACGUGAUCAAGGCCCGGCACGGGUACGCCAACCUCUUCCUAGCGCGGCACGACCUACUGAAUGUGCUGUACGGCGGGAUCGAGGACAAGGAGCGGCUGCUGGUGAACAAGCGGGUGACGAAGGUGGACAGCCUGGAGGACUGUGCGAGGGUGCAUACGACCGACGGGACUGUGUAUGAGGGCCAGAUCGUCGUCGGGGCGGACGGCGUGAGGAGUUUUGUGAGGCAGGAGAUGUGGCGGCACGCAGGGGAGCAAGAGCAGAAGCAGACCCAGACUCCCACGACGACGACGACGACGACGACGACGACGACGUCAGAAAAGGCCAGCAAGAAGAAACAGCAAUCAAAGUCAUCAUCACCGUUCGCCAUCCCCGCCUCCGACAAGGGCGACGUCCCCUGCGAACACGCCUGCAUCUUCGGCACCGCCAGGCCCAAGCCGGGCUUCCACCCGGGCGACAUGCAGGCGGUAUGCGGCACCCGCACGACCACGGGCCUCAUGUGUGCCGCCAACGGCGACAUCUUCUUCUUCUGGUUCUGGACCCUUCCCGCCCCGGACAACAAGUGCCCCAUCACGGCGAUCCCGCGCAUCACCGAGGAGGACAAGCAGCGUGAGCUCGAGCGGUGCAAGGACACCAUCGUCACCGACGACGGCAUGAAGCUCGGCGAGGUCCUCGCCGACGUGAAAUUCAGCGGCGUCACGGCGCUGCCGCACUUUGUGCUCGAGCGCUGGCACGCCGGCAGGUUGGUUCUGAUUGGCGACUCCGCGCACAAAUUCAACCCCCUUGUCGGCCAGGGCGGCAACAGCUGCUUCGAGAGCUGUGCGGCGCUGGUCAAUGAGCUCCAGACACAUGUGCUGGGUCCGAAGGGCCAGUCGGAGAAGGUCAGCAGCUCGUCCUCUGCCUGGUCGCUCCCGGCGCUGCACGCGGCCUUCUCCGCGGUCGAGGAGGAGCGCAUCCCCCGCGUCAAGGAGAUGGUGGAGCGGUCCCAGGUGGCCAUGCGCCGCGUGGCGUGGGAGUCGUGGAAGCCAAAGGUUCUCCAGCGGUACAUUGCUCCCUUACUGCCCCUGAACAAGGUUGUCGACUUUUACAGCUGGUUCAUCACUCCCGGCAUCAGGCUGCGCGGUGAGAGCUUCAGCCCGCCGCCCGCUUUGGACCAUAGCAUCCCGUAUGAGGAUGAGAAGAAGGCACCUCAUGCUGCGGUUGCUGCUGUCGCGGCCUGAAAUAGUGGCGAAGGGGGAACGGCAGACCGGCCAAAGCCCUGUGGCGAGUAAUGCAGUAGAGGCGUGAUGCAUCCGAGGCUGGUGGCAUAUUAUGCACUUUCUUCUCCGCGCGAGUUCUAUACCUGUCCCUUUGACAAUUGUUUUGUGCUUCACUUUUGCUUUCAGCGUCUACAUACCUAUUUAGACCACCGUCACCACCACACAGACAUAGUGUGCGAACAGCCAGAUUUCCUUGAACAAUUCCAUUUUCUGCUUCUCGCUCCUCAAUCUGUCGGCUCGCUGAGUGUGUCCAUGAAAGGCAUCGUGCUGUCGAGACAAUAUGCGCCACGAGUCGCAAACGUGUCUUAUCUUUGUCUCCACUUGGCCUUGCCUCGCCAUGUCUUGAGUGCCUAUGUCUGAGUCUUCUGGCCAGCUCAGAAAGUCGACUCGGUCAAGAGACGUUGUCUCAACUAAGCCGAAAGGACAUGUCUCCUCA